AGAGUGUGCUCAGAGAGCUAUGGGUCGCGCAAUGGGAGUGCAGUGGGAGUGCUAUGGCAUGUGUUGGUGGCGGCAGUGGUGGCACUGGUAGGCAAUGGUAGCCAUAUUUGGGUGUUGUGUUGAUUGCAUAGUCAGUGCUUGUGUUGAGUGUGAGUACGACUGCAUUGCUUUGUCUCAGUCACUGCUUUGACGUUCAAACUGUUGAUUGUGUGACAAUUGGGAUCCAUUGGAACCACUGGUGAUAAUGUCGUGGCAAACAUAUGUCGACAAUCAAAUCUGUGCUCAAGUGUCGUGCAAACUGGCGGUCAUCGGAGGCCUCAGCGAUGGCCAGGUUUGGGCCAAAUUUGAAAAGGAAGUCUCGCAACCGGUGACGCAACAGGAGCUGAAGGCGAUCGCCGAUGGCAUGAAAGAGAACCCGAACUCCUUUCAAGAGCACGGAAUCCAUUUGGGAGGCGAGAAGUACUUCUGUCUUCAGGCGGAGAAUAACCUGAUCCGCGGCCGGAAGGGGUCGUCGGCGCUGUGUAUUGUGGCGACCAAUACGUGUCUGUUGUGUGCGGCGACCACCGAUGGCUUCCCUCCGGGACAGCUCAACACAGUUGUCGAGAAAUUAGGAGAUUAUUUGCGGGCAAACAACUAC